AUGGAUGACUUAUUCGAAGAAGGAAUCUAUGCAGUUGGUACUGUCCGAAGCUACAGGAAAGAUCUUCCUAGUAUCUUAAAAAAAGUUCAGCCGAAAAGUUUGCGGUUAGAGAAACAGCAAUUUGCUGCAAUCACUGCUGGGCCAAUUACUGCGAUAAAAUGGCAUAAUACCAGAGACGUGUCUGUUCUGACUACCGCUCAACAAGAGCGUGCCGUAGUAUUUGUGAAAAGGACACAGAAAGACGGCUCGAGGCAAAAUAUUCUAUGCCCUGAGGCUAUUGCUGAUUACACCCUUACCAUGGGUGGUGUGAAUCACUUUGAUCACUUCCGAUCUUCUUAUCCAAUAGAUCGAAAAUCACAGAAGUACUGGAUGCGAUUAUUUAUUUUUAUGUGUGAUUCGGCAAUCAUCAAUGCAUACAUAGCAUUUAAUACAGCUCAUGUAGUAAAUACCCAUUCACAUAGAAAUUUCCGCUUGAAAUUAGCUCGCAGUAUGAUAGAUAACUUUACAAAGAAGAAGAAUAAGCAGAUAGUGUUCAAGAACAAAAAAGGAGGUAACUUCAGAGUUCCUGACGAAAUAGGGCUCCUGAACGUUGGUGUACAUAUGCCUGAGGAAAUAGAAACCUAUAAAAGAUGUAGGUUUUGUAGCACCAAAAAAGAACAAAAGCGCUCGAAAAUUCGUUGUUCUAUGUGCGGAGUUGCACUAUGCGCCAAGUCAUGUUUUAAAAUGUUUCACACUGCUCAAAGCCAGAAUUAG